UUACAUAGCACAGGUAUGGCAAUGGCGACGUGGCAAGCGAAAAGAUAGAAAUUUUUGGAAAAUUCGUCCAAAAUCUUGUCGUUUUAGGAUUCAUGAGAAAUUCUUACUGACGUAAAGUAGUCAUGGGCUUAUGUAAAUGCCCCAAGAAGAAGGUUACCACCCAAUUUUGCUUCGAACAUCGCGUGAAUGUUUGUGAACACUGUCUUGUUUCAAGUCACCCCAGGUGUAUUGUGAAGUCAUAUCUACACUGGCUCCAGGACAGUGAUUACAAUCCAGUCUGUACUUUGUGUAAUGGAAGUUUAGCUGAGGGAGAUGUUGUUCGAUUAAUUUGCUUUGAUGUAUUCCACUGGGCUUGUCUUAACAGCUAUGCUGCAAGCCUUCCAACAAACACUGCUCCAGCUGGUUACUCUUGUCCCAACUGCAAGUCAACAGUGUUUCCUCCUGAGAAUCAAAUUUCUCCUGUUGCUGACCAGUUGAGACAGAUGUUGGCCACUGCACCAUGGGCCCAUGUUGGUCUUGGGCUUCCUGUGGUACCUUCCACCAGCUCAACAAGCACCACAGCCUCUGAAAGUAUCGUGUCAAGACAUGAAGCUGAUAUUGUUGCUCAAAUGUCAGACAGUCAGAGAAUGGCACCCACUCAUGAAAAAAAAGACCAUACCCUAAACUCUACUUCACAUACAGCUAGUCAGUCACCUCCAUACACCACUCCACUGAGUACUAAAACAGAACUGCGAUCAACCAGAGAUCAUCAUGUAGUAGAUGUGCGACAACAGAACACUAUGGUACCACCCCCACAGCAGUCUUAUGCACAUGGUGACAAGCCCAGCACAGUGUCAAGGAAGAUAUUCAACACGAAGGAGCCAGUAGACAGUAUCCCGUAUGAUCAUGAUGAAAAUAAAUACCAAAGAAGAGGUGCCAUCGAUUGGUUCACGAGAUGGUUUUGGUCUCGUCGACCCAAAAAGCCUGGACCUGAGGAUCCAAACGCCUCCUUAAAACGAACCACAGUAUUGCUGAUCCUGUUUGUUCUGGCCUUCACUACUGUUGUGGUGCUUUUUACACGAGUUGGACGGGGAAUGGCUGAUAAGGACCCGUUUCUUGACCCGAUGGCAAAUCCCAACAUAAGAGUUCAAGGUGGUAGGAUAAAAAGCGCAUAGGAUGCAACUCUCAUGUAAAAAUAAAUGGUCCUUAAUCGUGUUCUGUUUAAGAACAGAGAAGAAACGCAUGGUCUCUGCUCAAAGGACUCGUUAAUAACCGUAAAUUUAAGGCCGAGUUUUUAAACAAUUAGAAUGCGAAUGAU